UGAUGGUGGUGUAGCAAGGUAAGUUUCUUAUUUUGCCGAAAAAUGUACGACUUUUAUAGCAAUUUUACAUAAUUUAUUGAGUAUUUAAAAACUAAUCGUCACCUCAAAACUCUUUUUUCAAAAGCACCGCAUGCGUUAACAAAAUUUUAACGUAAUAUCGGCGCAAUCUUGUGAAUCCACAUGGCACGUUUACAUGUGUUCCACAAUUCCUUUAUACAUUUUCGUUGAAGUAAAAAUAAUAUUUUUGUGUAGUGUUACCUCUGUGAAUAUGACUAUUUUAGUCAGUAUUUUUGGUUCAAAAUGCCGCAAAACGAGUAUAUUGAGCGUCACCGCAAGCUCUAUGGUCGCAGACUCGACUAUGAAGAGCGCAAAAGAAAAAAGGAGGCUCGUGAGCCCCAUAAGAGGGCUCAAGUGGCCCGAAGUCUUCGCGGAAUCAAGGCGAAGAUCUUCAACAAGGAGCGCAGAAAUGAAAAGAUACAGAUGAAGAAGAAGAUCAAGGCACAUGAAGAGAAGAAAGUGAAGAAAACAUCCGAGAAAGUAGCUGAAGGGGCACUUCCAGUAUAUCUGCUGGACAGAGAUGUACAAUCUAGGGCGAAGGUGCUCUCAAACAUGAUCAAACAGAAAAGGAAGGAAAAAGCAGGUAAAUGGGAUGUGCCAAUACCAAAAGUCAGAGCACAAGCUGAUGCAGAAGUGCUGCGAGUUGUCAAAUCAGGCAAGACCAAAAGGAAAGCAUGGAAAAGAAUGGUCACAAAAGUGACAUUUGUUGGAGAGGGCUUCACAAGGAAACCACCAAAGUUUGAAAGAUUCAUUAGACCUAUGGCAUUGAGAUUCAAAAAAGCACAUGUCACUCAUCCAGAGCUCAAAGCUACAUUCUGUUUGCCUAUUAUUGGUGUGAAGAAAAAUCCAAGCUCUCCGAUGUUCACAAGUCUGGGAGUGAUCACUAAAGGAACAGUUAUAGAAGUCAAUAUUUCUGAGCUAGGUUUAGUAACACAGGCUGGCAAAGUUGUUUGGGGAAAAUAUGCUCAAGUUACGAAUAAUCCUGAGAAUGAUGGGUGUAUUAAUGCUGUUCUGUUAGUCUAGUGUUAUUUAUCUGUAUUUUUCAAUAAAAUAUCUAAUUUUAAUGUCGAAUUAUUUUUUCCUCUACAAAAUACCAAAAUAUUUCCAAUAGUGGGUUGUAAAAAUAAGAUUGUGUACCUACGUAGUAUAAAAGCAUAGAGAAUGCAUUGUAAAAAGUAGCUGAAAUUUCAGGUUACAAGCCAAUUUCAAGUAACAGUUAGCUAUAGUUGUCAGCUACAAAAUUUAAUUAGACCUAAUUGUCAGUUACAAAUUUCAAAAAAUGUCGGUUACACAUGGCAAUUAGCUAUAAUUGUUAGUUGCACUUUUAAAAUUGUCUAUAAUUAUCAGUUAUAAAUUUUAAUUAGCUAUGUGUUGGUUACAAGUACCAGUUAGCUAUAAUUGUAGCUGAAAAUUCCAUUUAGUUAUAAUUGUAGCUGAAAAUUCCAUUUCGCUAUAAAUUGUCAGUUGCACUUAGCUAGAAUUUUUCAUUGUAAUUAGCUAAUCACAUGUUGCAACUGAAUCGUAGCUAAUUGAAAUCUGUAGCUGAAACUUGUCUUUGACAUCUAUUGCUAAAUGUAACUUGUAGGUGACAAAAAAAAUUAUAUUUUAUGCGCAAUGUCCUUUCUUAUAAUCUUACAGUAGUAAUUGUUAUUGUAAGGUUAUGGAAGGCCAUGUUAAUAAAAAACAGUUAUUAAUUUAUUUGCUGCGUAAAUUAAACAAAUAAAUUGUUGAC